CACCCAUUAGAUACGUGCUGUUUGCUUGCACAAAAGCUUGGAUACCGUUGUAAUGAUACGAUAAUUCUUUCUCCCAAACACCUCCUCACCGUCCCGCUAUUGCAUGCAUUUCCUUGGCGUUUCUCUCUCCUAACCCUCGAAUCAAUCGAAUCUCUUCCCCAAAUCUAGGGCUCUUUCAACGUCUUGAUUUCUACGUUUAUUCGCCCGCCUUCGUGUCGCUGGGCUUUGGUGAGUCGAAUAUCUUCGGCCAGUAGCAGAGAGCUUUGGUCGGGGCGUUUGGUUUCUUCGCUGUGCUGCAGAUCUGAUUCUUAGCCAUUCUUUGAGGCCCUUUUUUUGUCCAAUUCAAGAUGUUUUGGGGCAUGGGUUUGUCAGCCGUGUCUCCGGUGGAGACGAUUUUGGAUAAGGAGAACUUUACAUUGGAGGAGCUUCUUGAUGAGGAUGAGAUAAUUCAAGAAUGCAAAGCUCUUAAUUCUCGCCUUAUCAAUUUUUUGCGAGAAAGAGCUCAGGUUGAACAACUUCUUCACUAUAUAGUGGAAGAAGCUCCCGAGGAUGCUGAGAGAAGACGGACAUUUAAGUUUCCUUUUAUAGCGUGUGAGAUUUUCACUUGUGAAGUUGAUAUCAUACUGAGAACAUUGGUAGAGGAUGAGGAGUUGAUGAACUUCUUGUUCUCCUUCUUAGAACCCGAACAUUCCCAUAGCACUCUAUUGGCUGGUUAUUUCAGCAAGGUAGUCAUAUGUUUGUUAUUGCGGAAGACAGUUCCAUUGAUGAAUUAUAUUCAAGCUCAUCAGGAUAUUAUCAAGAAGCUGGUUGACCUUGUUGGAAUAACAUCCAUUAUGGAGGUUCUGAUUCGUCUAAUUGGUGUUGAUGAGCAUCUCUAUAACAAUUACACAGACUCAAUGAAGUGGUUAGAAGAUACAGAUGCGCUGGAUAUGAUUGCGGACAAGUUCAGCUCCUCAGAUUGUCCAGAAGUGCAUGCUAAUGCAGCUGAAACACUAUGCGCUAUAACUCGAUAUGCUCCCCCAGGUGUAGCUGCUAAAAUAUCCAGCCCAUGUUUCAUAGAAAGGUUAUUUCGUCAUGCUUUGGAGGACUCAAGACCAAAAUCCGUUUUGGUUAACUUGUUGUCAGUAUGCAUAUCUUUGUUGGACCCCAAGAGGCCAAGCUUGGGGACAUAUUAUACUUAUCCUCACCAGUUGAAUCAUGGAUCUAAAAUAAGUGCUAACCCUGAAAUGGUAGAGGGCAUGCUGGGGAGCCUAGGUGAUCUGCUCAAGCUUUUGGGUGUUUCAUCUGCGGAAAAUGCCUUGCUCACUCCAUAUGGCAGGUUACAGCCACCUCUUGGAAAGCAUCGACUAAAGAUUAUAGAGUUCCUCUCAGUCUUAGUGACUGCUAGUUGUAAAACUAUUGAAAAGGAGUUGAUCCGCCUUGGUGCAAUUAAACGCAUUUUAGACUUGUUCUUUGAAUACCCAUACAACAAUUUUCUGCAUCACUAUGUGGAGCACAUUGCUGUUUCUUGCUUGGAGAGCAAGAAUGCUUCUUUUGUUGAACAUAUCCUUCAUGAUUGUAGUCUUGUCACAAAAAUUCUUGAAGCAGAAAGAAACUGCACUUUGGCUCCUGAUCCAAGCAAGCUGACUGUCCCUGCCGAGGGUAAAUCUCCUCCCAGGAUAGGGAAUAUUGGACAUAUAACACGUAUCGCUAACAAACUUGUUCAAGUGGGGAAUGACAACAGUGAUGUACAGGCACAUCUACAGGGGAAUAGUGAUUGGGAAGACUGGCGUACAAAAGUCUUAGCCAAACGCAAUGUGGUAGAAAAUGUCAACCAGUGGGCAUGUGGGAGGCCAACAGCCUUACACGAUCGUACUAGGGAUAGCGAUGAUGAUGAAUUCCAAGACAGAGAUUAUGAUGUUGCAGCUCUAGCAAAUAAUCUAAGCCAGGCCUUUCAAUAUGGGAUUUAUGGCAAUGAUGAUAUUGAAGAGGCUCAUGGAUCAGCUGAACGAGAUGAUGAGGAUGUCUAUUUUGAUGAUGAAUCUGCUGAAGUGGUCAUAUCUUCUCUUCGUCUUGGAGAUAACCAGGACAGUGGCUCUCUUUUCACGAAUUCCAACUGGUUUGCCUUUGAGGAAGCUAGGAUGGCUUACCAAAACUCCACUGAUUCCAUUGCUUCGUCAUCACCUAAUGUAGAGGUUACUGGCAUGGUCAAAAGUGGUGAUGAUGAGGUUAUCAUUGAUAAAGACGAGAAUUUGGCUGACACUGCAUCAUCUCAACUGCCUAAAUCAAAGCUCAGCUCAGAAGAUCCCACACCAAAAAGUUUGUCGGAUGAACUCAGUGAAACUGGAGCCAGUGAUAAACCACCUGAAUGGGUUGAGUGGAGAGAGACUUCAAAUUUGGUAGGGCUGUCUGAUACUGAUAGGCCGUCGGCUCUACCAAAUGGUGGGCUGAAACAGGAGGAAAAUCAGACGGACAAUUUUGACUUAAAUGCAGCAAAUCCUUCAUCAUCAGCUGAUGUACCAGCAGAUGUUAACAAAACAGAUGGAGGAUCACCGGAAUCAUCUGAGAACUCCGGUGUCAAACUUUGCCAGCCAUUGGAACCAGGGGAUGAGAAUGUGAGACGUGACCCAAAUACCUCCGCAGAUGUGGAUGGGCCCGUUGCAAAAGAAGAGUUGAUUUGAGCUGUGGAUCUGUGUUGAAGCGGGGAACUGACUUAAAUUCCCAUUCUCAGUUUGCGGUGCUAAUACUGGUGCCAUGAAUCCGGUUGGAAGGUGACUCAAAUCUAUGGCUGGCGGGUAUGUGAUGUGUACUUUAGAGUGUCCUGUAUGUUGAGCAUUAUGGCUGAUCGUUCUGCCCCCACCAAUAGUAGGUAAUGAGUGCUCUCGCUCACUCUCAAUGAAUCACAAACCCACAAAUAUUGCUUGCAGUAAAUGUUAAGGUUAAGAAUGUUAUUGUUGAUAUAACACGGUUGUCUUUUUUUCUCCAGAACCAUGCACCGUUAGGUAACAAUCAUUUUGCACUAGAACGUGUUCCUUCAAGGAUUUUGUACUCCGCUCUUGUCCGUUAAUCAUAUGAAUUUUCAAUGUUCAAUGCAGGAAUUGUACCCUCUUUUGCUACAGUCAAAGGAAGAGUUAACAGUUUAAUGAAUAAUGUUUGUUUUGAUUUGACUGCACACUUUUGUUCCUACAGUCGAAGUGGGAGGAAAGAGUUCACAGUUCUUUUUUGUUUUUUGUUUUCUGUUUUUGUAUGUGUAUGUAUAUAUAUAUAUAUAUAUUACUAACUUUUAAAUACUUCCCCCUUGUUAA